CAAACGUCGCGCGGCGGGCAUGCUUUGCGGCAGACGUCUACGUCGUCGGUAACCUGUCGUUCUGAAGCGGCGAGCUGCGAAGGAGACAAGGGCACUUUUGUGUGACGGCCCGAAUUCCGGGAGUGUCUAUUUGUUGGGGCCCUUCACGGACGUAACCGACGUAGCGGUUGUUCCCGACGCCUCUCCAGUCAUGCCUUUCUUUGAUGUGCAGAAAAGACUGGGCAUUAGUUUAGAUCGUCACAUGACGAUCCAAAGUUCUGAACAGCCCUACAGAAUUGCUUCUCGAUGCCAUGCUUUUGAGAAAGAAUGGCUAGAAUGUGCACAUGGAAUUGGUGCUACCCGGGCGAAUAAAGAGUGCAAGAUAGAAUAUGAUGAUUUGGUAGAGUGUUUACUUCGGCAGAAAACGAUGAAACGUAUGAGUGCCAUCAAGAAGCAACGGGAUAAGCUAAUAAAGGAAGGGACGUACACCCCACCACCUCACCACUUGGGCAAGGAAGAGCCUAGGCCCUGAGCAGGGCAGCUGCCAAUGGCUGGAGGCUGAUCUUCAUGCUCUUUUCCACUGCAGUGAUUGUUUACUGAAAAACUUCUGUCAAUGUGUAAAAAAUAAAGGAAUACUAUGUCCUAAUUGUUCUGUUUUUUUUCUUAACUCAGACUUUUCCAUAAUGAGAUUCCAUCUUAUUUUUUACCUUUGGAAAACUGCCUCUACCUGUGCUUGUAAAAUUAGUAUUAAAGGAGUAAUUAACAUUUUC